UGUACAAGUCAUAUUUUUUAGUACAUUUUUUCCAUGUAGUUUGUUUUUCUAGUGCAUAUUUGAUAUAUGGAGCUUGAACUAGACCUCAAGAUUACCACAACUAAAGGUGAUCAUCAUUCUACCGACUUUCGAAUUGCUAAAGAUCGAGCUGGUCCUGUGUUUCUAUCUAGAGAGACCGAAACUAAGUUUGUUCUUACUGCUCAUCUUAGAGGGUAUAGAAGGGAAGAUGUCAAGAUCGACAUAAAUGAAGAUGGAACACUAAUUUCUAUAAGUGGUGAGAAGGCGGUGCAAGAAAUGGUAAUGAAAGGAUGGGAAAUGCACAAGAAUGAACCAAAUUUAAAGAGUUUUAUCAAGGUGUUCAAAAUUCCUCUUGAGGUGUUAUUGGAUCGAAUUAAGGCCAAUUACAACGAUGAUGAAUCGAUAUUGACAAUCUAUAUGCCAAAACAAAAUGAGGGCAUAAUGAUUGGAGGUGGGAUUGAAGAGGUCAAGAACGACGAAAAACAAGUUAGUGAUCAUGAAACUUUGCAAGAGGAAAGUAUAAAUAAGGAUGUUACAAAUAUUGAUCAAGUAGAGGAAAUCAUGCAUGAAAGUGACGAGGACAAUGAAAUUGAAGAAAUCGUCCUUAAUUCACGAAAAACGGAUGAAGAAGUCUCAUCAUCAUCGGUUCAAGAAAUCGAAGGAGAAGAGUGUAGUAGGAUCAAUGGUGAGAGUGACAAAAUAGAGGAAAAAGUUGAGGAAAAGGUAGAAGAAGGUUGUAAAACAAAACAAGGUAUCAAGGAAGAAAGAAGUUAUGAUCAAUAUGAAUUGGAAGAGAAAAAUAAUAAGUGUACACUAUUUGGGCCUUGCAUUUUUAUUGGAUCGACUUUAUUUGCAUCUCUUGUAAUGUUGCUUGUUAGAUUGGUUAAACCAAAAAGGCAUUAAGUAUUGGGCUUUGAAAAGUCCAUUUAUAUGCUGAUGUUUUUUUUUUUCUUUUUUUUUUAAAGAAAUAUAUUGAUGUCUAUGUGAAUAGCUUUGAAUUCAAUUUUUUUCUACCAUAAUUUAUUUGAUACGAUUGUUAUAUAAAUAAGCUGUAGAAUACUAAAGUCCAAAAAACAAUAAAAUACUUUGUAUUAUGUAUCAUGUUUUAUAGUGCGCAACUUCUACCCUAUUUCUGGAGUACCGUGAGCAUGAUACUCCAGGGUCAAAUGACGUCGUUUAUUUGCUUGGACAUUAGGUAUUUAGGUACAUAGUCAGCCUCCCUGUAUUAUCCCUUCCUCUCCCCUAUUUUCCCCUUUUUCUUCCUGCUAUACUUAGUUUCCUCUGUUUUCUUUCAAUUUUUAUGAAUUUAAUCAA